AUGAAUAAUCAUGAGUCAUCAAAGUCAUGGGUCAUCCUCUCUAAAAACACAAGUACUUCACCUAAAUUAAAACGGGAGUCACCAAAUGAGCUACAACAGUCAAUAAACAAUCUGAACAGAAAAAGUCUGAAAGUUGGAAGUAUGAUGAACAUAAAUAGACAAAGGUCAUGUUCAACAGUCACACUCACUUCGAAAAGAAAAUCAGACACCAUCCAUACCAGCCGUGUUGUCCGGCGCUGGUUUCGUAAAUACCCCAUCACAGUUCAGCCACAGCCACCCAGAUCUCCGGAUCCUAACCCAACUGAAAACGUGUGGGCGGGAGUAUCAAAUUAUAUGCGGCAAAACCACACUCGCAAUCGUGUCGCAGUCGUGAAUAAUGCCUUGGAAGCAUGGGAACGUCUUCGGUGCGAGGAAGGCCGUGCUUUGAUAGCCGAGUUGAUAACCAAGCAUAUGAGCGUGGCCUCACCUCCUUCGCCAAGUCAGUCCAUGGAAGAAUGCGUUUCUGACAAUAGCACGCAGCUCGAUGAGAAAUUGGUGAUGGCUGACGAAAGUAGAGAAAUUAAAGCGAGCAUCCGGCAGGAACUCGAUACUUUCCAUAAGCGUUUGAGGGACAGCUACCGACCUGACCUCAAGGACGAGGCUGACCUUGGGGUGGCUCCCGGUAACCCCAUCUUUCACGACCUCGAGCCUCACUUCUUCCCUUCCCUCGAGAGCUUGGACUUGAAGCCGCAGGACCUGGAGAAGCAUGGCAGGCAAGUCAGCGUCGCCGACCUCCUCACCACGCAGCUGGACGAGGAAGCGACGACCCUCCCCAGCCGAGUCCUGGUCGUGGGUCGGCCCGAGAGCGGCAAGACUGCGCUCUUUGCCGAACUCAUUCACCUUUGGCUUCACGACAAGAGCAAGGUUCGUGGUAUGGUCCGAUACGAUGCCCUCAUAGCUAUCCAAUGUCUUGGCAUUCAACCUCCUCCCGAUGCCAACGAGAAGACGAAGCUCAGUCUCCAGGAGGAGGUUCUUAAGCGUCUCCCAGAGUCCUGCGGGAAAUUCGGUGAGGAGAAGGUAAAGCAGGUUAUGAGUGAAAUGGAAGUUCUCCUACUGGUUGACUCACUGGACGACCUUCCUCCGGGAUGGGCGAUGGACGAGACGUCGUUUUCGCCUUGGCUGAAUGUGUGCGUGGUGGUGUUCUCCGGUCUGAAGUUCAUGCAGGAUCGCGCCCACGCCCUGCGCUACGAGUGCGACAGAGACCACCUGGUGCUUCGACUCUGGGGCGGGAUGUCUGUCAAUCCUGUCAUGGCUCCUCGCGGGGCUUCUGAAUCCAUUGCCGAGCUGUCAGGCGGGCUGUCGGGCUCCCUCUUCAACGCCUACUGCCAGAGACUGUGCCAGGUUCACGGGAAAAAGUAUGCUGAGUUUAUGGAAUAUUUAAAUAGGCUGAUGAUGAACUUGUCGAUGGAAAUAAGAAAGCCUUUUAAUACUUACGUUGCCUUCCGAAGGUGGAUAGUGUCGAGCUCCUUCACUGCAAAGAUUGUUUCGGAGUUUUAUCUUGAGUGGUUUGCAUUUUGGAGUCGAAUAUACAAGACCAAAGUGCACCAUCAAAACACAGACGCUACUUUACUUAUAAAAAAGAGUAGUGAUGAUAUUGCAAGACUAGCCUUCGAUGCCUUUUCAGUUGCACAGAAGAAGCUACUUGUUAAAAAGGACGAACUACAUGACUUCGAAGAACGGAAAGCCUUCUUUGCACAUACGCUCGUCCCACACUAUAACUCUUCCGGCGAGAUACAGACAUUUACCUUCAGGAUCGCAGCCCACCAACUCUUCUUUUCGGCUAAAUAUAUCAAGAGUCAACUUCAAGAAGAUCACAGUCAAGCAAACAACCUGCUCCCGCUUGGCCAAGCGCUGAUGUACCGCCCCAUGAUCCCAAUGGUCAUGGGCUUAACAAAGGACCUCCAACACUUCAGCGAAAUCGAGGACCACAUCGUGAAAUUAGUAGAAGCGGUACAAACAGCUGACACCACCAGCCGUUUCGAAGACCCGAUUAUAAAUCACGUCUUGCAGGUUCUUGGCGAGAGUGGUCGGUACAACAGGAUAGAGGGCAAGUACGACAGCAUUGUGAAGAAGUUUUUGGAUACGCUGCCUAAAAGUAAUUGGUAUAUAUUGAAUGGAAACAUGCUGCCGGAAGCACUGAAAGCUCUCUGUGAGUGUGGGCAUGGUUUAACCGAAAGCGGAGACAGCGAACAAGAGAAUGAAGAUGGAAAUAGCGGGGAAGACAAGCCACAAAAAUUAUCCUUCCAAAUUGUUGGUCCUUUACGGGAGACACCCGGGCUAUGCAAACUCAUUGAAGCAAUAAGUCGGUGUAACAUCAGGGUUAGUUUGCUCCUAGACGCAACUUUCAGUGGAUCAGACGAGCAGCCAGUGGACGCAGCUGUCAAAGCCUUGCAGACGAAAGGUCGCGCCUCCCUCGGGAAGCUCACUGGAUUCCUCAAAGACGUCUCCAUCCUUGACAGUCAUCCGGCCACGCGGCGCAUCUAUGCACUUAGCCUCCGCAUCCAAGACGUCAAACAGUACGAAGCGCUUUACAGGCUGACGAAGAGGAGCAACAAGCUCACACGCAUUGCCCUCCGCAUCCCCAACAUUUCUGAGAUCAAAGUGAAGAAGCUCAGGGAGAUUCCCAUCUGCAUCAGCCACCUGAGCGUGUACAUCGAGGGCGUGAACGACGAGACGCUGGGCAUGGCAAUCGGGGCGUGGAGGGCCAUAAGGGGAACUACGCCGAGGAAGGAGCAGGAGUACCUUCGGUUUUGGGCUGUCAAGGACAAGUGUCUGACCGCCUCUGACGUCAUCCAGGUAAUCGCGGCUGACCUCCCAGCGAAGCGUAUAGAAGUGCCUCUUCAGCAGCCUGUGAGCGAGUACGACCAGCACAGAAUCCAGGAGAAACUGAACACUGUGAAAGGAGUCGAUUUCACCGUCAUGUUACUGGGUUCGAGGCAGUAUCCUCGCAAAAACCUGAGACCAAUAAAGAAGGAAGAAGUAUAGUCUGGGGAAAAGAAAAUUAUUUUAAAUAUUUUAAAGCGUAGACAGCGAAACAUUGCAAAAUAGAAAUGAACGGCAAUUGGUAUCGUGUGAUGUGUGUUUUACUUGCCACGGAUCAGCAAUAAAUGACUAGUAAAACGGAUUGUGUACAUAAUCCUUAUGCUUGAGUGCGUAGGAUAAUCCGGAAUGUACUUGAACACAGUGUCUCUAAGAUUGGGAGUUAAAGUAAUCAUUCACGUCACUGCAGAACGUUCCUCAAGCAUACAUUAACAGUUUUCCGUGUAUCAUUUACUGCUUUUAUAUGAAAUACUCCCCUAUGACUUUAGGAUGUCAUGCGUGUCUUUACGUGCAUUUUUUGCUAAAUAAAAAAAUCUAUGAUAGCAUAUUA